UUUAAGUCUUCUCCGCGGCGCGGAGCCGCGAUGUCUCCGGCGGCUGCGGCGGCUGGAGGAGGCGAGCGGCGGCGACCUAUAGCAAGCGCCAGGGACGGCCGUGGCCGUGGACGCGGCUGCGGCGGGCCUGCCGGGACGACACUGCUCGGCCUGUCGCUGCUCGGCCUCGUGCUGUACCUGGUGCCCGCAGCGGCGGCGCUGGCCUGGCUGGCCGUGGGGGCUACCGCGGCCUGGUGGGGACUGAGUCGCGAACCCCGGGGUUCGCGCGCCUUAUCCUCGCUGGUGCGGAACGCGCGGCGCCACCGAACGUUGAUCGCCUCGCCUCCGACCAAGUCCGCAGUGAACGGAAGUCUCCUAGAGCCAAGGACCCCACUAGAAGGACCCGACCCCGCGGAGCUGCUCCUUAUGGGCAGUUACCUGGGCAAGCCUGGCCCGCCGCAGCCCGCGCCCGCCCCGGAAGGCAGAAACCCGCGGGAGAGGCCAGGCCUCCCGCAGUCCGCCCGCUCCCCGCCGCCCGCAGCCGCGGCCCGGCGCUCCCACCACCUCUACCCUUCUCUCCCCACCCCUCUCCACCGACCUUCCCGGAGGCCUUCCCACGGGGAUUAUGGAACUUUAUCCAAUCGGUUUGUAAUAACACCUCGAAGACAUUAUCCCAUCCAGCAAGCCCAGUAUUCUUUACUGGGGGUCUUGCCCACAGUGUGCUGGAAUGGUUGUCAUAAGAAGCCCGUGCUGUCUGCUCGUAAUUCAAGGAUGGUGUGCAGCCCAGUGACUGUGAGGAUUGCACCUCCAGACAGCAAACCACCUCGAGCUGCAAUGGCUGAGCAGAUAAUCAACUCAACAUUGUCCUCACCAUCAAGUAAUGCCCCAGACCCAUGUGCAAAGGAGACUGUACUUAAUGCUCUCAAAGAGCGGAGGAAAAGGACAGUGGAGGAAGAAGACCAAAUACUCGUUGAUGGCCAGGAAAAUAAGAGAAGGCGCCACGAUAGCAGUGGGAGUGGACACUCGGCAUUUGAGCCCUUGGUGGCCAAUGGAGUCCCCGCGUCUUUUGUGCCUAAGCCUGGGACCUUGAAGCGAGGUCUUGCUUCCCAGAGUUCAGAUGACCACUUGAAUAAGCGCUCACGCACGUCUUCUGUGAGCUCCCUGACAAGCACGUGCACAGGUGGCAUCCUCAGCUCCAGCCGCAAUGCCAUUACCAGCUCCUAUAGCUCUACCCGAGGUCUUGCACAGUUGCGGAAAAGGAGUGGACCCACUUCCUCGCCCUUCUCUAGCCCUGCCUCCUCCCGCUCACAGACCCCGGAGAGGCCAGCCAAGAAAACAAGAGAAGAGGAGGCGUGUCAUCAUGCCAGUUCUUCAACUCCACUGGUGACGGACAAGGAGUCCCAGGGAGAAAGGGUUGCAGAGACAACCACCUGCAAGCAGCAGAACUCAUGGACGUCCCCAUCCACACCUGGCAGCUCUGGGCGGCGGAAGCGGAAGAUUCAGCUGCUGCCCUGCAGGCGAGGGGACCGGUUGACCUUGCCUCCGCCACCUGAGCUUGGCUAUUCUGUCACUGUGGAAGACCUGGACCUGGAGAAGAAGGCUUCGCUGCAGUGGUUCAACAAAGUCUUGGAGGACAAAACCAAUGCUGCCUCGAACUCAGUCACUGAGAGCCCGGCCACCACGCAGCCUUCCUUCACUUUCUCACCACCUGCUGCGGUGCCUGCUGCGGUGCCUGCUGCAGUGCCUACUGCAGUGCCUGCAUCCUCACCAGCGUCCCUCUCUGUGCCAGGCACAAACCCCCUGCUAGAGAGCUUGAAGAAGAUGCAGAGUCCGCUGAGCUUGCCAUCCUCAGAACCUGCUGGAGUGGCAGCCUCUUUGGCCCCUACAUCUCCAAAGACACCCAGCCUCGUGGCGCCUCUUGCCUCCUUGUCAGGACCCCUGCCACCCGCCUCUGCAGACACAAAACCCACAGCCACCCUCCUGGCCUCAGCCCCUGCUGUCUCUACAACCCCAGUCACCGACACCAAGCCACCUCCAGCCCCUCAGGCCGAGACACCUGCGAAAGUCCCUGCACCCCUGGCUUCAGCCCCGAAGCAGAGCUCACCAUUUGAGAUGCUGAGCCCCCCAUCUUCCAGCCCUGCCGCCCCUGCUGCUGUGCCCAGCCUGUCUUCUGCUUCUCCCAUGUUCAAGCCCAUUUUUGAGCCACCACCUAAAGUCCAGAGUGAAGGGCCCUUGCCGUCUAGCGCCUCCCUCACGGUUGCCGCCACCUCCAGUGCCGCCACCCCUGCCACAAGCAGCACCACGACACCAACCUUCAAGCCCAUCUUUGGCAGCCUGGGGCAGCCUACGUCCAUGCCCUUGGCAGCUCCAUUCUUCAAACCAACUACUGCUCCAGUCACUACUGCAGCCACAGCCACCCCUCUCUUUCCUCCCCUGGCUACUGCCACCUCCACAGUGGCUUCUGUUACCAUAGCCAGCACCUCCACAGACUCCACUCUGAAGCUGCCUUUUAGCUUUGGAGUUAACAGCGUUGCCAGCACUCUGAGCAGCACGACUAGUACCACUGCCUGCACCUCUCAGCCUUUCCUCUUUGGGGCCUCUCCGGCCCCUACCGCCAGCUUUACCCCAGCUGUGACUUCCAUUUUCCAGUUCAACAAGUCCUCUGCCUUGCCCACAACUACGGCCGUCUCCAGCUUUGGCCAGUCCCUCUCCAGCACUGCUCAGACAGCCACCAUCAGCAGCAGCAGCAGUACUGCUGGCUUCAGUGGCUUUGGCAGUGCCCAGACUGCCCCAACCCCUGUCACCACCAGCCAGUCCACACUGACGUUCAGCCACACAACCACCCCAGCAUUCAACAUUCCCUUCGGCUCUGCUGCCAAGGCCCCUGUACCACCCCCACCAUACCCAGGGGCCAACCCCCAGCCCACAUUCGGGGCCACCGAUGGGCAGCAACAGGGCUCUGCUGUGCCAGCCCUGCCCCCCAGCUUUGGCAGCUCCUUCACUUUUGGGAACUCUGCAGCCCCAGCUCCAGCCUCAGCCCCAGCCCAGCCAGCCUUUGGCAGCUCUGUGCAGUCAGCCUUUGGCAGUUUGAAAGCUCCAGCCUCUACAUUUGGCACCCCCGCCAGCACACAGCCAGCCUUCGGCAGUGGCACAGCUGUCUUUUCCUUUGGUGCGGCUACCACCUCCGGCUUUGGAGCUAUCACCCAGACCACCAGCAGUGGGACCAGUGGCACCGUGUUCAGCUCGGCUUCAUCCCUCUUCACUUUUGGGGCACCAGGGGCCACCACUGGUAGCACUGGGGGCUUCGGGCUUGGGGUGGCUGCCCCAGGCACCAGCUCCACCUCUGGAGCCUUCAGCUUUGGAGCCGGACAGAGUGGGACCACAGGUGCCAGCACCCCUUUUGGUGGGGCCCUGACUCAGAGCAACUUGGGUGCAGCCAGCCAGAGCACGCCUUUUGCCUUCAAUGCAGCUGGUGCAGCUGAAAGCAAGCCUGUGUUCGGAGGCACUUCCACACCCAACUUUGGACAGAGCGCCUCUACCCCUGGCGUGGGCACUGCGGGCAGCACCCUUUCUUUUGGGACACCCUCAACACCUGCCCAAGGCUUCAUAGGAGUCGCACCUUUUGGAUCAGCUACCCCUUCCUUUUCCAUUGGUUCGGGAUCCAAGACCCCAGGGGCUCGACAGCGACUGCAGGCCCGAAGGCAGCACACCCGCAAGAAAUAGCCUCUGUCUCGUCCCUGUUCUCCC